GUAAAGUCUGAGAGAAAAUCUAUCUCCUUCAUGGGCUGUGCUCUGCAGAUGGCUCUCUCCCUUGGUUUGGGCUCCACUGAGUGUGUUCUCUUGGCUAUGAUGGCCUAUGAUCGAUAUGUGGCCAUCUGCAACCCACUGAGGUACCCCAUCAUCAUGCACAGGGUGCUCUAUGUGCACAUGGCUGCUUGGUCCUGGAUCAUAGGCUGUCUGAACUCCUUAGUGCAAACAGUCAUGACAAUGAUAUUGCCUUUCUGUGGGAAUAAUGUCAUUGACCAUCUUACCUGUGAGAUCCUGGCCCUUCUCAAACUCGUGUGUGCAGACAUUUCAAUGAAUGUGUUCAUCAUGACUGUGGGAAGUACUGUUUUACUGGUGAUUCCUCUGCUGUUAAUUUUCAUUUCCUAUGUUUUUAUUCUCUCUUCCAUCCUGAGAAUUAAUUCUGCUGAAGGGAGAAAGAAAGCUUUUUCUACCUGUUCUGCCCACCUGACUGUGGUUAUCUUAUUCUAUGGCUCAGCCCUUUUUAUGUACAUGAAGCCCAAGUCAAAGGACACAAACCCUUCUGAUGAGAUCAUUGGACUGUCUUAUGGAGUGGUAACCCCUUUGUGGAAUCCCAUCAUCUACAGCCUGAGGAAUAAAGAGGUGAAAGAAGCCAUGAAGAAAGUCCUAAGCAGACACCUGAAUUUAUUGAAACCAUGA